GCUGCAAUAAUCUUCAUGGAGCGGCAUUCUGAAGCUUCCGACAAGUAAAAUGGAUCGAUAGCUCAGUGGUACGAGCGAGGGAUUGCAGAUCCCUAGGUCGCGUGUUCGAUCCACGCUCGGUCCUAGUACUUAUUCUUUUGGCUCUUUUUGCUAUUGCCUGGCGGUCUCAUCUUCCCUACACGGCUCCUCCAAUUGCUUACAUCGAGAUGUCAGCUUAUUUGUUUCAACAAUGCUCGGACGAUCAUUGUUUUGGACUUUCUUUUCUUUUCGAUUUUGCUAUGAUACCAAUCGUUUCCGGCUGAUAUAUCACAAAAUGGCUUCAGGCUUGUUCUCUGGUGUCUCUCCAUGGCAUAUUCCCGCCAUGUUUAUAGGCACCGCCUUCACUCUUGGUGGUCUUCUCCCUCUGAGAGCCCCGGACCGUGCUAUGCGCGAGUACGGGUUGCCUGAGGGUAUUGCCAGGUCAGAGCCAGCGCAAUUAGCAUUUGGUAUCUACGGCACUCGUGUAGCUGCUUAUGGCGUCGCUCUGUGGACGUUCUAUCUUCGUGGUGAAUACCAUGUAGUUGAUACGCUCAUGAGCUUACUCUUCUUGUGGGGUGUGGCUGAUUGUUGGAUUUGUAUUAAGGCUGGUGUGCCAGGAACAGCUGCCUGGAGAUUCGUGAGUAGUAUCAUGAUUGGCGGGUAUGGAUAUCUUGGAUUAACUGCGAAGGAGUCUCUCUGAAUCUCUGCUCUACAUGAUUGCUUUAGGUAGUGGAUCUCGAAGUUGUUGGUGAAUAAGUCCUUGACUUAUCAUCUACUCGCUGCCUCAUCUCGUUGAUUUAUGGUGAUAACAAAUACGCAUUGGCAACACAACAUGUUGUCUGUGUGAAAUAUUGAACCGUACUACGAAAUCUCUCAAAUAGUUAAGGCCAUGGUCAUUUACAUCAACAGUACGGAGUAAUGCAAGC